AUGCACUCCAUAUUCUUCUUCCCUCUGUUCCUACUUUUCACUGUGGGGGUGGCGGCCGGCGGCGAGAGUUCCGGUGCAGGAGAAAACCCAUUUACGCCGAAGGGUUAUGUGACGCGUUACUGGAAGAAACAGAUCUCUAGUGACUCGCCAAAGCCAUUGUUUUUACUCAAUAAAGCUUCACCAUUGGACUCGGUGCAAUUUGCAGCUUUCUCGAAAUUUGCUGAUCAGAACUCACUUUCAACUCACCUUCCCGAGUUCUGCACAAAGGCUAAUCUCCUCUGCUUCUCCGAUUUAACGCCGAGUCUUGAGAAGCACGACGGGGAUGUAAACUUUGCCGUCUACAAUGAGAGGAACUUCACAAACUACGGCACGAGUCGACCCGGCGGGGUUGACUCGUUUAAGAACUACUCCGACGGGCAAAAUAUUCCGGUGGAUACGUUCCGGCGUUAUAGCCGUGACUCUGCCGGACAUAAAGACAAAUUCACUAGUUAUGCAAGCAAUGCUAAUGUGGCGGACGGCAGCUUCAAUACGUACGGCACCGCCGCUACUGGCGGCGUCGGCGACUUCAGCAACUACAACAACGAAGUCAAUGUGCCUAAUCUCCGUUUCACUUCUUAUACUGACAACGGCAAUGGCCGGGAACAAUCUUUCACAUCUUAUAGCGGUGAGGCCAAUUCCGGCGAUCAAAAAUUCAACAGCUACGGCAAAAGCGCCAACGGCGCCGUUAAUGCCUUCACCAGCUACGGCAAAGACUCCAACGUGAUUGGCUCGACUUUCAACAAUUAUGGUGAAACCGGCAAUGGUGCAAAUGACAGUUUCACUUCGUACGGGAAUAACGGAAAUGUACCAGAAAACACAUUCAAGAAUUACGGCACCGACGGCAAUGUUCCGGUGGAGACUUUUAAGAGUUACAGAGAUCAAUCUAACGUCGGAGACGACAAUUUUCAAACCUACGGCAAGGGUUCCAAUGCUGCAACGGUGAAUUUUGAGAAUUAUGGGCAGUCAUUCAAUGAAGGUACUGAUAAAUUCAGUGGUUAUGGAAAAGAUGCUUCUGGUGAGACAGUGGGGUUCAAAAUUUAUGGAGUGAACAAUACUUUCAAGGAGUAUACGAAAAAGGGCGUCACAUUUGCUCGUUAUAAUGAAACCACGGCGGCGGCGGGUCCGACAACCGCCACUUUGGCUGCAAAGAGUGGCAAGAAAGUAAAUAAAUGGGUUGAGCCUGGCAAAUUCUUUAGAGAAGAGAUGUUGAAAGGUGGGAAUGUGAUGCCUAUGCCUGACAUUCGGGAUAAAAUGCCUAAAAGGUCAUUUUUGCCCCGGGUGAUAGUGUCAAAAUUACCCUUUUCGACCUCCAAGCUCGGAGAAUUGAAGAAGAUUUUCCACGCGGGCGAUGAUGAUUCUAGCAUGGCUAAAAUGUUAGCGGAUUCAUUGAGUGAGUGUGAGAGAGCCCCGAGCCAAGGUGAGACAAAGCGGUGCGUGGCCUCGAUUGAGGACAUGAUUGACUUUGCAACUUCGGUGCUUGGGCGGAAAGUGGCGGUCCGAACAACGGAAACCACUCGAGGGUAUAAUAGUAAUAUCAUGAUUGGGAAAGUCAAAGGGAUCAACGGUGGAAAAGUCACGAGAUCAGUGUCUUGCCAUCAGAGUCUAUACCCAUACUUGCUCUAUUACUGCCAUUCAGUUCCCAAAGUCCGGGUCUACGAAGCGGAUAUUUUGGAUCCGAAUUCUAAGUCCAAGAUUAACCAUGGUGUUGCCAUCUGUCAUUUGGAUACGUCUUCUUGGAGCCCCGAUCAUGGAGCCUUCAUUGCAUUGGGUUCGGUUCCGGGUAAGAUUGAAGUGUGCCACUGGAUCUUUGAGAAUGAUAUGACUUGGACAAUUGGUGAUUGA